GCAAGGUGUUUUGUAGUUGUGAGCGCUGCAAAUUAUACAAACAUUACGCAGGCCGAUUCUUUAUCUCAAGUUGAUAAGCAUUUCAGUAUUAUUCAUUGCUAUAACUAAAUGGUUAUCGUUUAUAAGUAGUAGCGUGCGUAUCGAGGGAAGUACCGCGUCUUGUUGCUGGUCUAGAGUUUUACGAUCUGAAUUUUUCGAAUCUCAUAAAUGAAAAUGUUUAAGCUGUUUCUUCAUUUUCUUGUGACAAUAUCAUGUUUUUUUUCCGUGUCAUCACUAGAAGUGGAUACCUACGAUUUUCUAAUGCCGAACGUAUGGCCACAUAAGGAUGAACUGUAUCUCUGCACACCUAUUCGUAUAUCACCAAACCACAAUUAUUAUAUAGGUAAUUAGUAUUAAUAUCAUAAAAUUUUAUAUACUACUUGUAUUAUUUUCAAAAAGUAAUAUAAUUAUAAUCUAUUAGGUGUCAGUUAAGAAAAAGGUUUUUCUGUCUAUUAGGUAUCAUUAUUAAUCAAUAAAAAUCAUUAUUUAUUAGUUUUGAAAUCACUCAUUAUGUUUUGUACUAUGUCGAUCAAAUAAUUCUUUUCCAGCAUAUAUUUACAGUAACAUUAUAUUUCAGUGGGAUUUGAACCUAACGCAACAAUGCACACAGCUCACCACAUGCUUCUUUAUGGUUGUUCAGAGCCAGGAUCCAAUGAUUCAGUUUGGUCAUGUGGUGAAAUGCAAUCGAAUGAAAUAGACGACAGAUACAACACUGCUAGUCCCUGCCGCACCGGGUCACAGAUUGUAUACGCGUGGGCAAGGGACGCUCCAAGUCUGCAGCUGCCUGAGGACGUUGGGUUCCUUAUCGGCAAAGACUCCGCCAUCAAGUACUUAGUACUACAGAUACACUACAUGCACCGCUUCCCUGAGAACACGUUCGACAAUUCCGGGGUAUUCCUGAAGUAUACUAAAACACCCAUGCGUCGCGAGGCAGGCGUCCUGCUGCUGGGUACGGGCGGGGUGGUGGGCGCGCGUCGAGUGGAGCACAUGGAGACCGCGUGCGUGCUGCGGGAACACAAGACCAUACAUCCCUUCGCCUUCCGUACUCACACGCACGCGCUAGUAGAUUUAAACUGUAUCAACCUUAACCUUAUUGAAUCAACUCGAAGUGUGACCAUACCACCAGGCACGGUGGUGUCGGGGUACGCGAUACGUCGCGGCCCGGGCGGCGACUCGUGGCGGCUGCUGGGGCGGCGUUCCCCGCAGCUGCCGCAGAUGUUCUACCCCGCGGCGGACGCGGCGCCCGUGCGCGGCGGGGACGCGCUGGCCGCGCGCUGCACCAUGAACAACACGCGCGCGCACGCCGUCAGCAUCGGAACGUUCGCGAUCCAGCCAACGUCGAAGCAAAAAUGGUCACAAGGAAUCAAGACGAAGAAAAUCAGCGUCGUGUCUUCGACCAACCGAGAGAUCGCCCUCAAAUACAUCGACUAUACAGGGACGGCUCGAGAUAAGUCUCCUGUAUAUUGCCGGUGCACGCGUCGCCUUGACCAUGACUACCAUGAUCGCUCGGCAGCGAGCAACGUAGCACGCCAGAAGCUACGGAUCAAGAUAGAAAAACGAUUGGCCGCCUUAAGACGUCGAGAACUAGCAAUCGAAGCGGACCACAUAAGGAAGACGCUCAUCAUCGAGUUGGAAACUAGAUGGAGCAGAUAA